AUGAAAUCUCCAGCUACGAUCCCGGCGGGCCAUCUACCUAUCCAGCCCGUCAUCACUCCAGGAUGGGGCGUUGCCGGAGUCAUCUUGAUUCUCACCGGCCUGGUAUACACCCUCGUUGGCAUCAAGAAUCGCUGGAUCAACUGCUUCUUUUCAACCGCCUUCCUCACUUCGCUCGGUAUCUCGGUUCUCAUCGUCUACAUCAUGAACAUCCCCGUUAGCGAACCCAUUCAGGGAGCAUAUGUCGUGGCCGUCACCUUGUCUAGCUGUGCGCUGGGUGCAGCCUCGCUCAUCUUCAAAGACUUGACUGAGGGCCUGGGGUUAACCUUCGGCGGGUUUUGUCUUAGCAUGUGGUUCCUAUGUUUGGCACCAGGAGGCUUGCUACAUGACGCGCUUGGCCGGGCCAUUUUCAUCUCCUGCUUGUCUGUCGGGCCGUUUGGCUUGUACUUCAGUCGAUACACGCGGGACUGGGCCAUGAUGAUCUUGAUGUCUUUUGGGGGUGCGACAGUGCUCGUCCUGGGUAUCGACUGCUACAGCAGGGCCGGGCUUAAGGAGUUCUGGGCCUAUAUAUGGAAUCUUAACGAAGACCUGUUCCCCCCUGGUGCGAACACUUAUCCCAUCACAAGAGGUAUCCGGGUCGAAACCGCG